GGCGUUACAGCUUGCCCAGUGACCAUUCAAAUCUUCUGUCACAUAUCUCCUUCCCUUCUAUUAAGGUUGGGUAAACAUUUCAGAAUUAUUUCUCAUAAUUGAAGGUCACGGUUAAUUUCUUCAAUGGGUCCUCCUGCUGAUGAAUACCUUGAAACAAAGGAGAUGGAUGAGAGAAGUAUGUCAUCUUCACAUGGUCACGCACCACACGUCCACAAAGUGGCAAUUCCUCCGAGACAGAACCUCUUCAAGGAAUUCCAAGCCACUAUAAAAGAAACAUUCUUUGCUGAUGAUCCUCUAAGAUCCUUCAAAGAUCAACCUAAAUCAAAGAAGAUCAUUCUUGGUAUUGAGGCCAUAUUCCCAAUACUUAAUUGGGGGAGAAGUUACAACCUUAAAAAGUUUAGGGGUGAUAUUAUAUCUGGUCUCACUAUAGCAAGUCUUUGCAUUCCUCAGGAUAUUGGAUACGCCAAGCUUGCACAUUUGGAUCCUCAGUAUGGACUGUACUCUAGCUUUGUUCCACCAUUGAUUUAUGCUGUGAUGGGUAGUUCUCGUGAUAUUGCAAUAGGACCAGUGGCUGUGGUUUCUCUCUUGUUGGGGACCUUACUUAGUAAUGAGAUUGAUCCUGCUAAACAUGCAGAAGAAUAUCGGCGACUUGCUUUUACAGCCACCUUUUUUGCUGGAAUUACUCAAGCAACGCUUGGUGUUCUUAGGUUAGGAUUCUUGAUUGACUUUCUAUCCCAUGCUGCUAUUGUCGGUUUUAUGGGGGGUGCUGCCAUCACAAUUGCCCUUCAGCAGCUAAAGGGUUUCCUUGGCAUUAAAAGUAAAUUGUUCACAACAAAAACUGAUAUUGUAUCGGUGCUGCGUUCAGUAUUUUCAACAGCCCAUCAUGGAUGGAACUGGCAAACUAUAGUCAUCGGAGCUAGUUUUUUGGGUUUUCUUCUGCUCGCCAAAUAUAUUGGAAAGAAGAACAAGAGAUUCUUCUGGGUUCCAGCAAUUGCUCCAUUGAUAUCCGUGGUAUUGUCCACCUUUUUUGUAUUCAUAACCCGCGCAGAUAAGCAAGGAGUAGAAAUAGUAAGACACAUACAUAAAGGGAUCAACCCAUCAUCUGUUAAAGAACUAUAUUUUAACGGUCAAUACCUUGGGAAAAGUUUCAGAAUUGGCGUCGUGGCAGGCAUGAUAGCAUUGACCGAAGCCACGGCAAUUGGAAGAACAUUUGCAUCUAUGAAGGACUAUCAACUGGAUGGAAACAAAGAAAUGGUGGCAUUGGGAGCAAUGAAUGUUGUUGGUUCGAUGACUUCCUGUUAUGUGGCAACUGGUUCUUUCUCUCGGUCAGCGGUAAAUUUCAUGGCUGGCUGCCAAACUGCAGUCUCUAACAUUGUGAUGUCAGCAGUUGUGUUCUUAACCCUGCAAUUCAUCACUCCUCUUUUUAAGUACACUCCAAGUGCCAUUCUUUCAGCCAUCAUAAUUUCUGCUGUCAUCAACCUUGUGGACUAUCAGGCAGCAAUUUUAAUUUGGAAGAUAGAUAAAAUUGAUUUUAUUGCCUGCAUGGGAGCAUUCUUUGGGGUUGUUUUUCUCUCCGUUGAGAAAGGACUUCUAAUUGCUGUCUCUAUAUCCUUUGCAAAGAUCCUACUACAAGUCACAAGGCCCAGAACUGCUAUUCUGGGGAAUAUUCCUCGGACUUCUGUCUAUAGAAACAUCCAACAAUAUCCAGAAGCUAGUAAGGUUCCAGGUGUACUGAUUGUAAGAGUCGAUUCUGCAAUAUAUUUUUCCAACUCCAAUUAUGUUAAAGAAAGGAUAUUAAGAUGGCUGAUGGAUGAAGAAGAACAAGUGAAAGGAGACUACCACACAAAAAUCCAGUUUUUGAUAGUUGAAAUGUCACCCGUUACUGACAUCGAUACCAGUGGAAUCCAAGCCUUUGAAGAGUUACACAGAAGUCUUGAGAAGAGGGGUGUUGAGCUUGUUCUUGCAAAUCCUGGCCCCGCAGUGACAAACAAGCUUUACACAUCCAAUUUUGCACACACGAUUGGCGAGGACAAGAUCUUCCUCACUGUUGCAGAGGCUGUAUCAUACUGUUCUCCAAAGCUGGCUGAGUACCCAUGAAAAAUCUGAAAAACAAAAUGGAAUGCAUAAAUGAAAUGAUGUGGGUGUGGACACCAGUGCCUUAAUUUUUGCUUAGUUGCUUGUAGCUAGUCAAGGAUAUAUAAUAUAUACGAAGGUGUGAAGGAUGAGGUAAUGGUCACUUCAAUUAGCCAGUACAAAACAGUAGAGUGGCCUAUCUGAUACUAACUCAGCAAGUUAGUGCUCCAAGAUCCUUAUCCUAAAGUGGGGAAAUUAAAUAUAAAAUAGAAGAUACAUAAAUUAAGGUGCGCUAGUUGUGCACUGCAAUGAGCAUUAACUCAUCCCUUGUUUUUACUCUGAUGUCCAAAGAAUCUAGCCGAGUCUCUUAUGAAGAAUGGUCUCUUUUCACAAGGGGAAGCUGUAGCUGUUCAUCCCUCUCCCAUUGAGCCAUUGCCGGCCUAAUAAAUUAAAAAAUAAAGGCGACAAGUUGUGUGUAUUUUUCUUCCAUUUCAUGUUAGAAAUUCUUGCUGUAAUGGGGACUAGUUUGAGGUUUGAAUGAGAAUAGUAGAAGAUAAGAUUAACAC